ACCUUAAACUGGUUGGACUUAUACCGAGAAUGUUCUAAAUUUGUCUUAUUUAUCUGGUACUCUUAUUGAAAACUGUAAUUUGAUCAUUCUGUGAAUUAACUUCUAUACCGAGAUUUUGAGGACUUGAACAUUUUAUGCAGAUGGCGUACAUAUAACCACUUUUGGAAGUAUAGAUGGCAGAGUUACUUCAAUUGGUCAACAGUGUUAUGAUCUUGCUGAUCAAGCCUUUGUCACUUGUCAAAUUCACUUGCUUCUUCGGUGUGAGAACAAUAUGCAUUGUUAUCCAAACAUGGACAGAACUGCUGAGAGCUGCUAUGGGUUUUCAUGCCAGAUUACUCUGGAGACUGAUAAUUUGGGCUAUUGCUAUUCUAUCCCUGCCUAUACGAAGUUUAACUGCUCUACAAAGGGAAAGGGCGCUGGAGAUGCAUCUGCAGGAAAUGCAGAUCGAGUUUGAGAAUCUUGUUUGGGAAAGGAAGCAACUUGAGAAGAAAAUACUAGUAGCCAUCAAGGAUAAAAAGAUAAUGCAGGCCAUGUUAGCAGAACUCGAGGAUGAACAUGACGAUGCCAUCGUCAAAAUUGAGCAAUUGGAGGACCAGCUUCAGAAUCUGAAGGUGGAAAAUCAACGAUUGAACGAAGUUCAUAGUAAAGCACUUUCGGACCUAAAAGACCAUUUUGAUGGCCAAGUAAUGCAAGGCUGUAGCGAUGCUGUUCCAUUUUGGAGAUCAAGUGGCAUUGAGAGCGUGGCCAUACACAAGGAAGGAAUGCAAGAAGAUAAAAGCAAAAGCGGAAGUACGAGCCCUGAAUUUAUGGAAGCCAAAUUCUGUCGAGAUGUCAACCGGCCACGUACUCGGACCACGUCUGAGAAUUUCGACACAAAUGAUGAGCUACACCAACGAAGGGAUCUAGCUGUUUCCCAGACCCUUUUUAGUGCAAUAUUAUCGCUCUUAGUUGGAACGAUCGUAUGGAAAGCUGAAGAUGCAUGCAUGCCUCUAGUCCUCGCACUAUUUGCUGUCGUUGGCAUGUCGUUGUGGAGUGUGGUCCAGUUCUUCUCAACCAUUAAGAACAGACCCGCAUCUGAUGCAGUUGCUCUCUUGAGCUUCAAUUGGUUUUUGCUCGGAACACUGACAUAUCCUACGUUGCCAAUGGUCACUCCUGUAUUUGCACCAGUGUUAUGGACUCUCUCAGACAGGGCUGUGGAGCUGCUAGGUUUCUAA